GCUGCCGGUGCCCGAUCGGUGAGCGGCCCAGCCUCGGCGCCGCGCACACCUCCAGCCGCCGCGGCCGACACGAGCGCGUCGUUGGCGACGUUGCGUGUGUGUUUGUGUGGUGUCUGUGUGUGCGGGCUGCCGGGUGUGGACGGGGCACUGCGGAGCGCGCCGGCCGCACGCAGCAGCCACGGUGGAGGGUGAGCCCGUGAGCCGGGUGCCGGCCGCCGCCGGCUGGCCGCCGUCGCACCACCACCAGCUGGCUGACCUGGAGCUGGACACCACCGACGGCCCCGAGGGCAAGGUCGCCACCCCGGAAAAACGCCCGAUGGCGUUCCCGUCGUUCGGAGCGUCGCCGCACGGCGCCGGAGGCAUGCUGCCCGGAUACCCGGUGGCCCGGCCCAGCUACCCCGUCAUGAUGCCCGAGGGAUUCCCCUCCGGAGUGCCCUACGGACCCGCUGGCGGUAACGGUAACGGCCGGAAGCAGCGGCGCGAGCGGACCACGUUCACGCGCCAGCAGCUGGAUGUGCUGGAAGACCUGUUCCGCAAGACGCGCUACCCGGACAUCUUCAUGAGGGAGGAGGUGGCCAUCAAAAUCAACCUGCCCGAGUCCCGAGUCCAGGUGUGGUUCAAGAACAGACGCGCCAAGAUCCGACAGCAGGCCAAGCAGACCAACUCGGCCGGCGCCACGCCCAACCCGCCGCCCGAGGCCAAGCCCAAGCCCAAGCCGCGCACGCGCACUCCGCCGGCGGCCGCCACGCCGUCGAGCACGGCCGGCGACCCGAGCACGCCGGGCGUAGCCCCGGGCACACCGUCGCCGCCGGUCGUGCAGCGCGACUCGCCGUACUCGCCGCCCAUCACGUGCUCAUCGUCUGUGCCGCCGCCUCCAGUCAGCUCUCCUGGCGCCGCGCCCAGCCAGAGCUACGCGUACAACACCAUCUGGAACCCGAUGGGCGACCUGGUGUCGAGCCCGCCGGCGAUGGAGCGCCAGUACUCGAGCGGCAGCCAGCCGGGCGGCGCCUACCCGCAGUACGGCGCCUACUACGGCAACAUGGAGUACCACCUGAACCAGCACGCCGCCAACAUCAGCGCACCGGUGACCAGCCACGUGAGCCCGAUGCCGCCGACCCAGCCGAGUCCGGCUCCCGUGUCGCGGCACAGCGUCACCACCGAAAUGGACUACCGCUACCAGAACUUCCAGGUGUUGUAGGCCGGCGGCACGCUGCCGAGGCGCCAGCGACAGGCCGGUGUCGGCGGAGGCGGAGGAACCCGUGGCGGCGGCCGGUGCCGGGGGUGAGCCGCCGCCGCCGACCGGUGCCGGGGGUCUCCCUCAGCUCAGCCGCCGCCGCCCCAAAACGUGCAGCGCUGCCUGCCUCACGCGCUGGUCGGAACCCCAGAAACAAGACCCUAGAGCGGAGGCAAGGCCCAGAUUUUUUGACGCUCGUCAGGAUCAGACAGCCUGCGGAGCGCAGCUUGACGACAAUCCUGCUUGGGGUAGCAUCUUCAUAAAGACCACACUCUUUUUAACGUCAGCCUUUCACCGAAACGGUAAAGUUAUUGGUGGAAGAGGAUCGGUUCAGUGCGUCACUGCUGUGGAAGAGGAGCGGUUCAGUGCGUCACUGCUGUUGAAGAGGAGCGCUUCAGUGCGUCACUGCUGUGGAAGAGGAGCGGUUCAGUGCGUCACUGCUGUGGAAGAGGAGCGGUUCAGUGCGUCACUGCUGUUGAAGAGGAGCGGUUCAGUGCGUCACUGCUGUUGAAGAGGAGCGCUUCAGUGCGUCACUGCUGUUGAAGAGGAGCGGUUCAGUGCGUCACUGCUGUGGAAGAGGAGCGGUUCAGUGAGUCACUGCUGUGGAAGAGGAGCCGCAGUGCAAACGGGUUCUAUGAAGAAAGACUAAGAGAACUUGUAAUCACUGACUUUUGUUAUAUGACGUCAUUUAUGACCAUGACUUUUGCUUAGGCGGCUUGUGUGUAACUGUAUAGUCUGUGUGAGGGCGUCGGUUGUGGGGCAAUAUCGGGACUCGCGAGCAACACGAGCCGUCUGCAGAGCGGCGUGAAGGGCGCACAUUCCAGUCACACGCGUCAACACUGACACCGACACGGCUGCACAGUCACACAUACGCAUCUACCCGCACCCGACCACACACACACCCACACCCACCUACACACACACACACACACACAAGAGAGACACACACUACGCAUACAUCCAGCUCGACUACACGGAACAUACGGACACAAGCGUUUACUGUGAUAGGGCCGGCCCGGCCCUAGAUGGGUGGCGAGUGGCGGCCGGGAGUGGGGCGCUGUCUCUGCGGUGCUGCCCUGCCUGUCACUGUGGCACACGGCUGCCGGCGCGUGUGUUGCGUCUGCUGCCGGCGUGUGUGUUGCGUCUGCUGCCGGCGCGUUUGUUGUGUCUGCUGCCGGCGCGUGUGUUGCGUCUGUUGCCGGCGCGUGUGUUGAGUCUGUUGCCGGCGCGUGUGUUGCGUCUGUUGCCGGCCCGAGUGAUGGGCUCCGUCCCGCCGUGUCAUCGUGCCUCUCUGUGGAAUAGCCGCCGGCGGCGGCGGCGGCGGCUCCGUGCCGCACUGGCUCCGCGCCGCCCCCGUCCGCAGCUCCGUCCGCAGCUCUGGCCGCAGCUCCGUCCGCAGCUCCGUCCGCAGCUCCGGCCGCAGCGCCGCCCCCGUCCGCAGCGCCGUCCGCAGCUCCGGCCGCAGCGCCGCCCCCGUCCGCAGCUCCGGCCUCUGCCCGAGGUUGUUGAUCAAGUACAAUGUGCGGAGGUGUUUGGCCGGCGGUGGUCUCGGCGCGAUGGCCGGCACCUGAGGGUGGGCGGCUCCCGCCAGUGGCCACUGACGGCACCGGGCCCGGACCGACCGCACUGCACCGCACGCCGCCCCAGCAGCGUCGCGUUCCGACUGCUUCUAGAUGGCUAUGUGUUCGAUGCGUAUAUGUAUCGACUGAUAUGCUGCUUGACGUCAUUUUUCGGACAUAAUAAUACAAUGACGAAAUAUG